GUCACCUGACUGCGGGCGGCACGUGGUGCUUCGCCAAUAUGGCUGCGCUCGCAGCAGCUCGCGUCUGGGUGUCCUGCUGCCUCUUCAUCCUGCUGGGGCUGGUGGCGGCCGCCGGAGCAGCCGGGGAGGCGGCACCCGGCGGGGGCUGCGGGUGCAGCGCUAGCCGGGCCGGUGACGGUGACGGGCGGGAGGUGGCGGCGCAGCGGUACUCGGCAGCGGCGGGCGGUGACCGGAGCGUUGGGCGAAUGCCGAUGGUCGCUAUUCCAGAAGGAGUGUUCACAAUGGGCACUGAUGAGCCUGAAAUACGGCAAGAUGGAGAAUGGCCUGCUAGAAGAGUCCAUGUUAAGAGUUUCUACAUGGAUCAGUAUGAGGUCAGCAAUGAGGAGUUUGAGAGAUUUGUGAAUUCUACUGGGUAUGUUACUGAGGCAGAGAAAUUUGGCGAUUCCUUUGUGUUUGAGGGAAUGCUGAGUGAAGAAGUGAAGGCUGACAUCCAUCAGGCAGUUGCAGCUGCUCCCUGGUGGUUGCCUGUGAAGGGAGCCAACUGGAAGCACCCUGAGGGCCCUGACUCGAAUAUCUCCAACAGAAUGGCUCAUCCAGUUCUUCAUGUUUCUUGGAAUGAUGCUGUGGCAUUCUGCACGUGGGCAGGGAAACGGUUACCAACUGAAGCUGAAUGGGAAUACAGCUGUCGGGGGGGCCUUGAGAAUAGACUUUUCCCAUGGGGCAACAAGCUUCAGCCAAAAGGUCAACAUUAUGCCAAUAUCUGGCAGGGAGUGUUCCCAACUAACAACACUGCAGAAGAUGGAUACAAAGGGACUGCGCCUGUCACUGCAUUUCCUCCCAAUGGGUAUGGCUUGUACAACAUCGUAGGUAAUGCCUGGGAGUGGACGUCUGACUGGUGGGCUGUUCAUCACUCAACAGAAGAUGUUCACAACCCUGCAAAACCAUAUACACCCUACCAACCAGUGAAGAAACAACAGCUUGUACCUCAAGUUAAGGCCCUCGUCAGGGACGGACAGAGUGAAGAAGGGUGGAUCCUACAUGUGCCAUAAGUCUUACUGCUACAGAUAUCGCUGUGCAGCCCGUAGUCAAAACACUCCUGACAGCUCUGCUUCAAAUCUGGGAUUCCGCUGCGCAGCAGACACCUUGCCAGAGCUACGGUGACCAGUGGGCUGUCGCACCGAGACAAGAAGGGCUGAAUUUCACCCAAGACUUGAAGACACAUGUGGAGUGUCACUUCUGAUGACACACGAUAGAAAAAUCGAAUGCUUACACUUCCUGCCAGGGGUAAAAAAAAAAAAUCCAAUACUACUCAACAUUGCUUGAAGAACUUUGAUAUAUUUAUCUCUGGUGAAGUUGGCCUGGACUUUUAUCCUGACCAAACUUUUUAUCGGUGAAUUCUGUUGGGUUUAGCAAGACUAUUCUGGAGUUAAUAGGACAAAGUGAACAGAAACAUGCUGAUUGUGUUUUAAAAGCUUAAUUCUCUUUAAUAGCUCCUCUAGAAAAGAUCUUUAUUAAAUUUAUGUAUAGUUUGAAUUUCUACACUCAAAUCCCAUAAACAAGGACUUUUAUAAACUUCUAGACAGCUUUAAAAGAAAAUAGAGGGAGCUAAGAAGACGUGAGGACCGGCAGACAGACAGCUAGCCGUACGGGCAGUUAAUGCAGCCCUUCUAUCAUGUUCCUGUUGCAGUGAAAAUUGGGUCCAGAAAUGUGCUUGUUAUGGUGAGAUACCUGCUCCUCUUUCUAAAGUGCCUUCUGCAACCGAGGGAUGAUAAUCCUCAGGGUGAUGAUAAUCAGAAGUGUUGUACAUAUUUGAAUAAAAUUUCAACCACUUCUUUA